AAAAAAAAAAAAAAAAAAAAAAAAAAAGGGAAGUGAUCAGUUUUUAAGUAUCCUCAUUGACUCGAUUGAUGACUUGCAACAUCAGUUCUGUCUUCAAUAUGUUUUAUCUUCAUGAAUAUUUAAUCCACGCAUAUUUGUGCAAAAGGGGGAAUAAACGCGCGCGUGUAUUUCAAGCAUUGAGUCUUGCUUUAAUUGUCUCCCCCAUACACGACAAAACAAAGUAUUAUACGUAUAUAAUUCAUGCACUUGGUCGCGAUCCCUUGUAUUUUUUGAAUGUCCUCAAGUGUAUUGGCGGCAAAUUAACUCGCUUGUUCCGGACUUCUAUUCAUGCUUCAGUGCGAUCCUACUGUCCUGCUGUCUUCCUCUCACUUCUCACUUCUUUCUUCUUCUCUUCUCUCUUCUCUUUCUCUCUCUCUCUUUCUUUCUCUAUCUCUCUUUCUUUCUCUAUCUCUCUUUCUUUCUCUAGCUCUCUCUCUUUAUAUAUUUAUACAUAUAUCAUUAUUACAUUAACAAUGACUUCGUACAAUUUCCGUCGCAACCACACUGCUACUGCUACUGCUAUUGCCUCACAGCAACCUACUACUGGAAACGCUACAAGCCAGGUGCAACCGCUCUUCUUUUCUUUCACUAUGGAACCAAAAGUCAAGGAAUCAGUCGAGGACACAAGCAAGGUUUCUUUCAUGACCAAGACCGAGGAUACACGCAUGACCAAUGCUGACGAGGCUCUUCGGUAACCCCAGCGACUUCAAGCCAUUGGGCCCCUUGAACCUGUUGCAUCCUUCCAUCGUUUGAAACCAUUACUUGAGCCGAUGACCGAGUCAUCAUUUGACAACCUAAUAACCUGACAAACUGGCAAUCUGACAAACCGAUAUGUUAGCAAUUCAACAUUUUGAAAAUGCAAAAUGCAAAAUGCAUAUCGGGAUCCAUUCUCAACUCCAUGUGCUGAGGACGGUGUGGCUUUGACCGCCACCAAAAAUGUGAUACAAAUGCUUACUCACAUUGUUUCAAAUAAAUAUAAUUUAAAAA